AUGAACGGCAAGAACUCCAACAAGAAAAGUGCCGAAGCUCCAAGAGAGGGAGACCCUUGGAUGGAUGUCAGAAUAUUGAAGGAGACCCUUGACUGCACCGUCUGCUUCGAACACUUCAGGACUGAGAUCUAUCAGUUACAUAUGCGCGCACGCACGCAAAAUCAAUUACCCAUCACCCAGCCCACUCUCUCUUUACCCAAAGCUUGGCCAGCCACUCCGCUCUGGCGCCGCCGAACCUUCCGCUGCCGCGCCGCCGUCGCGCUCGCAUCCUCCUUUUCCCCAACUCCCUCUCUCCGGUCAGCCCGCGCGCGGGCGGCGGGGUCCAGUAGAGAGCUCGCCGGCGAGGGAGCAUCAGUCUUCUCCCCACUUACCUCGGAGACGGAGGUCACCGGAGGCGGCGACCUCGUCUCCGACGGCGACCUCGAGCCAGCGAUGGCGAUCGACCAGGUCUUGCAGCGGACAGACCCCUACGGAGAAAACCCAGGGGAGCAUAGCGGCGGUGAGAUUGUGUUGACAAGCUAUCGCGUUAGCUCCAGCAAGAGAAAAGCUGAAGCGCAGGGAGAGGGAGAGAGCAGCGGCAAAAGGCUGAAUGUCACCAUGGGGAUGGAGCACCUUGACUGCUCCCUCUGCUUGAAGCCCCUCAGGCCUCCAAUACUCCAGUGCUCCGUGGGGCAUUUCAUAUGCUCGUAUUGCUGUACGUCUCAACUGGACAGCAAGUGCCAUUUAUGCUCUAAAGAGACUACAUUCGAGCGCUGCUUUGGGAUGGAACAUGUUGUCGAGUCAGUCACAGUAGCUUGCUCCAAUGAGAUGUACGGAUGUGCCGAGACAGUCACCUACUACAAGAAAGAAGAACAUAAGGAGGCAUGCCCAUACGCCCCAUGCUUCUGCCCAGAGUCUGGUUGUGGCUUCGCUGGACCAACAAAGGUGCUCCUGGAACAUUUCACGACCCAGCACAAGUGUCCAUUGACAACCCUCCCAGACUCUGGCACAGUGUCUCUCUGCCUACAGCCGGGCUUACAUGUUUUGCAAUGCACCAGUAACAGCUACUUUUUCUUGCUUAGCAUGGCAUCGGAGCCUUUUGGACAUGUCAUCUCAGUCGUCUGUGUCGAACCAAACAGGAGGAAAUCCAAGUUCACAUGUAAUCUGAGUUACGACUGCAUAACAACUGGCUGUUGUGGAAGUACAAACUGCCACAUAAGGAGCUCUUCACUCUCUGAUGGGCUUCCGACAGUGUAUGACUUAAUACUUCCCAAGGGAAAGGUUUCUGAUGAUGCAAACGGUAUCAUGCUUAGAGCCACCAUUAAUCAUCAAACUAUAAGUCACAGCAGAUCUUGUUUUCGAGGGAAUGGCCUGACUUCUGCACUUCAACAAAGGCCCGAUACUUGUGAUGAUGAGGAUGAUGAUGAUGAUAUACCUAAAAGUCGUAGAAGAUCUCACCCUGCUAAGGAGGAGGUGGUGGAGGAGGAGGAUGAGAAUGAUGAGGACAAUGAGGAGGAGGAGGAGGAGGAUGAAAGACCUUUACUUCUCAGAAGAUCCCACCCUGCUGUUCAACGAAGGCCCAAUACUUAUGAUGAUGAUGGGCAGGUGGAGGAGGACGAGGAGCAUGCUAGACCUGCAAGUGUCAGCAGACCCCGUCUUCGAGGAACGGCUCCGGCUCGUGGUGUUCAACAAAGGCACUAUUCUGAUACCGAUGAUGAUGAUUAUUUUCCAAUAGCUUUCAGGAGACGCCAUCUCCAAGGCACGCCUCCAGCUCCUGCAGUUCAAGAAAGGCACUAUUUUGACACCAGUGAUGAGGAUGAUUUACCUAUAGCUUUCAGACCCUUUAUUCGAGGAACGGCUUAGAUUCCUGCAGUUUGAAGAAGGGGCGUAUUCUGGUACUGAUGGUGAGGAUGAGAGGCCUUUAUGUUCCACACUUCCCGUACGCUAAAGGUUUUCCGUGCACUUGCUGUUCUUCUGCCUGGCUUGCACCGUUCUGGUUCCAGGAUAUAUAUGUCAAGUCUUCAUUUCUGGCCUCAAGUAUCGCCUCGCCGUUGUUAAGCAUUGCUGCAGCUCCAUGAACACAUUACUGGGCAGCGUGUGGCUGCAGAGUCUGAAUGCAGCUUUGGGUUUGAUGAUGAUGCCACUGAUGCAAUUUAUGAUGAAAUCUAGCUCCUGGCAAAGUUUCUUCCAUGGGCAACCUUCCAGAUGAUGUAACAGUCAUGAAUAAAUUAGUAGAGGUUACCCUGAGUUUUUACAAGAACGCCUCAAGUUGCUUCAACAAUGUGGCUACUAGAAAAGAGUACUGUAUGUUAUGUAGUAGUAGUACAUUUCUCAGCAUUUACAUGGCUGCCUGCCGAGUGUGAACCAUGACCUUUUGCAGUUAUGAUGUUUAUAUAUCUCUUUUCCUUUUCA